AUGGAAGAGACAUUUGUGCCAUUUCGUGGAAUCAAGAAUGACAUAAAAGGAAGGCUACAGUGUUACAAGCAAGAUUGGACUGGUGGAUUCAGUGCUGGCUUCAGGAUAUUGGCACCCACCACAUAUAUAUUUUUCGCAUCUGCUAUCCCAGUGAUUUCAUUUGGGGAGCAACUGGAAAGAAAUACAGAUGGUGUUCUAACGGCGGUUCAAACGUUAGCAUCGACUGCAAUUUGUGGGAUUAUACACUCAAUAAUUGGAGGUCAACCAUUACUGAUUUUGGGAGUUGCUGAGCCUACUGUGAUCAUGUACACCUUCAUGUUCACCUUUGCUAAACAGAGACCAGAAUUGGGACGUGAACUGUUUCUCGCAUGGACGGGAUGGGUAUGCGUGUGGACUGCAAUUCUUCUGUUCCUCUUUGCUAUUUUAGGAGCUUGCUCCAUUAUCAACAGGUUUACUCGUGUGGCCGGAGAAUUAUUUGGAAUGCUUAUUGCUAUGCUUUUCAUGCAGCAAGCUAUCAGAGGACUUGUGGAUGAGUUUCGUAUUCCAAAAAGGGAAGAUCCAAGUUCAGCGGAGUUUAUACCUUCAUGGAGAUUUGCCAAUGGCAUGUUUGCAGUGGUUCUCUCAUUUGGUCUACUGCUAACAGCCUUAAGAAGCCGAAAAGCAAGGUCAUGGCGUUAUGGAACCGGUUGGCUUCGAAGCCUUAUAGCAGAUUAUGGGGUACCGCUCAUGGUUCUGGUUUGGACAGCUGUGACUUACAUACCCUCUGGAAGUGUUCCAAAAGGGAUUCCAAGACGUCUCUUUAGCCCAAACCCGUGGUCACCAGGAGCCUAUGAGAACUGGACAGUCAUUAAGGACAUGCUAAACGUACCCAUUCUCUAUAUACUUGGAGCUUUUAUUCCCGCGACAAUGAUUGCGGUACUUUACUAUUUCGACCAUAGUGUAGCUUCUCAAUUGGCUCAGCAGAAAGAAUUCAAUUUGAGGAAGCCACCUUCCUUCCAUUAUGACUUGCUGCUUUUAGGAUUUCUGACAUUAAUGUGUGGUCUUGUUGGCAUUCCUCCAUCAAAUGGUGUAAUUCCACAGUCCCCAAUGCAUACAAAAAGUCUAGCUACUCUCAAACACCAGUUGCUUCGGAACCGGCUAGUUGCAUCAGCACGGCAGAGUAUGAGAAAGAACUCAAGCUUGGGACAAUUAUAUGGAACUAUGCAAGAAGCCUAUCAACAAAUGCAGACUCCUCUGAUAUACCAGGAAGCAUCACAAAGAGGACUGAAGGAGUUGAAAGAAUCGACCAUUGAGUUAGCAUCGAGCAUGGGUAGCUUUGAUGCUCCGGUAGAUGAAACAGUUUUUGAUGUUGAGAAGGAGAUUGAUGAUUUACUUCCCGUUGAGGUCAAAGAACAGCGUCUCAGCAACUUGCUUCAAGCCAUUAUGGUGGGAGGAUGUGUUGCUGCUAUGCCUGUCUUAAGAAUGAUUCCAACCUCCGUUCUCUGGGGAUAUUUUGCUUUUAUGGCAAUUGAAAGCUUACCGGGUAAUCAGUUUUGGGAAAGGAUAUUACUACUUUUCACUGCACCAAGCAGAAGAUACAAAGUAUUGGAGGAGUGCCACGCCACCUUUGUGGAGACUGUGCCUUUCAAGGCAAUUGUGACAUUUACUAUAUUCCAAACAACUUAUUUGCUUCUGUGUUUCGGUAUUACAUGGGUUCCAAUUGCGGGGCUCCUUUUCCCUCUAUUUAUUAUGCUUCUGGUCCCCGUCAGACAAUACCUACUGCCCAAAUUUUUUAAAGGGGCACACCUUCAGGAUUUAGAUGCUGCAGAUUAUGAAGAGGCACCUGGGGUUCCAUUCAACCUUCCCACGGAGGAAGAACUGGGAGCAAGAGUUUCCUUUGCAGAGGUUGGAGAGGUUUUAGAUGACAUGAUCACCAGAAGCCGUGGUGAGGUCAAGCAUAUCUGCAGUCCUAGGGUCUCGAGUUCUUCGACAACCCCAGCAAGAGACAUUAAACUCCAUCAGAGCCCGCGCUUUUCAGGGAAAGCAUACAGUCCGCGCAUCAGCAAACUAAGAGGAGAGCAGACUCCCCGGUCUGGUGGAAGAGGGCAUUCAAGUCCAAGCACCGGAGAAAAAGGCUCAUCUAAUUUGGGGACGCCUAGUACUUCAACUUCAAAGUAG